UUGGAGGCUGGAACCUGGCUCCAAGCCUCUUCAUUCCUAACCCCUUAAGCCAUCUCCCCGAUACCCACCCUAGGCUCUGAGGCUGGGUCAGUCUGUCCCAACCUACAAACUUCCCUGCAACCGCUACCGAGGCAUCUCCCCACCUUAGUGCACCAUGAGGUUGCAACAGCCUGGUCCGCAAGUCCCUAGCUGCCCCAGCGUCUCCUGAGCUCAGCUCCUCCUCACAGAGGAGAGAGGGCAGACACUCUCCUUGCCUCCCCGGUGGUUGGCAGAGCAGCCGCGGCACCCGCCUGCUGCCUGGCUGAUGGAGAGAUUAAUCCUAAGCCCUUCCCGUCAGCACCCCCACCCCCCACCCCGGGCAGGACCAUGCUGGCUGUCCCUGUGGGACUUGGAGCACCAAGUCCGCUGCUGAGGCAGGACAGCUGGCCCAGCUCCCUGCAGCAUCCGGACCUUCAGCUCUCAGGAGGAAGGAGGACUUCGGGGGUCCUUCUAGAAAGCCACUCUGCACCCCUGCUCUUCUGAAGAUUCAGAACGAACAAACUUCUGCUCUUUAGAGGAGGCCGGAGAAGGACAGAACGCUGACUCUACCAGGGAUGCUAUGUUGGCAGUUGGUUUUGGUUUUGUGUUUUUUUUUCCCCCCACCUCUCUGACACAAAACUGCCUCUUUCCUGAUCACUGAGAAAUGGGCUCCCCAUGCCCGGCAGAGAACAGGCUGGGGACACACUUCCUAAGACAAGCGACAAGGGAGCCCGCUGCUCCCUGGCCCCGCAGUCUGUGGCAAUGCCCACGUCUUCCAGAGACAGGCACCUGCGUCCUGGACACCAUCACUUUGGCUCCUGCAGCCCCUUGAGCCAGCUCUGGCCUGGUCCAGAGCCUCCUCAGUCAGUCAAGGGCCUUUACUACCGCCGGGCCCGGAAGGUGGGCACCCUGGACGCCUCUCCAGAGGCCGACUUGAAGAAGGAGAUCCUGGUGAACGUGGGUGGCCGUCGGUACCUGCUGCCCUGGAGCACCCUGGAUGCCUUCCCGCUGAGCCGCUUGAGCAGGCUCCGUCUGUGUCGCAGCUACGAGGAGAUCACACAGCUCUGUGAUGACUAUGAUGAGAACAGCCAGGAGUUCUUCUUUGACCGGAGCCCCAGCGCUUUCGGGGUGAUUGUGAGCUUCCUGGCCGCGGGAAAGCUGGUGCUCCUGCGGGAGAUGUGCGCGCUGUCCUUCCGGGAGGAGCUGAGCUACUGGGGCAUCGAGGAAGCCAACCUGGAACGCUGCUGCCUGCGCAAGCUCAUGAAGAAGCUGGAGGAGGUGGCCGAGCUGCGGCGGGAGGAGGCGAUGCAGCGCCAGCAGCAGCGCCAGACCUGCCACUCGGAAGUGCACGCUUCACGGUGGGCCCGCAGCAUGAACCAGCUGCGAGAGAUGGUGGAGGACCCGCAGUCAGGGCUGCCUGGGAAAGUCUUUGCCUGCCUGUCCAUUCUCUUCGUGGCCACCACGGCUGUCAGUCUGUGUGUGAGCACCAUGCCAGACUUCAGGGCGGAGGAGGACAAGGGAGAAUGCACGAGAAAGUGCUACUACAUCUUCGUGGUGGAGACCAUCUGUGUGGCCUGGUUCUCCCUGGAGUUCUGUCUGCGUUUUGCCCAGGCCCGGAACAAAUGUCAGUUCUUCCGCGGGCCCCUGAAUGUCAUCGACAUUCUGGCCAUCUCUCCAUACUACGUGUCUCUUGUGGUGUCUGAGGAGUCCCCGGAGGCAGGCGAGAGGCUGAGCGGCAGCUCCUACCUGGAGAAAGUGGGGCUGGUCCUGCGUGUUUUGCGGGCGCUCCGCAUCCUCUACGUGAUGCGCCUGGCCCGCCACUCGCUGGGGCUGCAGACGCUGGGCCUCACCGUACGCCGCUGUGCCAGGGAGUUUGGCCUUCUGCUGCUCUUCCUGGGUGUGGCGGUCACCCUCUUCUCCCCUUUAGUCUACGUGGCCGAGAAUGAGUCCGGAAGGGUCCUCGAGUUCACCAGCAUCCCCGCAUCCUACUGGUGGGCCAUCAUCUCCAUGACCACGGUGGGUUAUGGGGACAUGGUCCCUCGCAGUGUGCCGGGCCAGAUGGUGGCUCUGAGCAGCAUCCUUAGCGGUAUCCUCAUCAUGGCCUUCCCAGCCACAUCCAUCUUUCACACCUUCUCCCAUUCCUACCUGGAGCUGAAGCGGGAGCAGGAGCAGGUCCAGGCCCGCCUCCGGCGUCUUCAGAACACAAACUCGGCCAGCGAAAGGGAGCUUCUGAGCGACGUGGAUGAUCUGGUCCCUGAGGGCCUGGGCUCCCCUGUACGCUACGUGUAAUGCCCACCAUCUUAGGAAUGUGCAAUAAUAUCAACCCAUCCCAUGGCUGAGACAAGCUCCCGCACCUCUCCUCUCCUGUGGACCAUCUGGGGGGGUGUCCUCAGAAUACUGACCGACUUCCAAAGCAGGAAAGGUGCCAGGCCAUGACACCAUUGGUGUGAUCCUGGGCACAUCCGUUGUCCUUCCCCAGAUCCCUGCCAGCCAUCUUGGCAGGCUAGGUCAGUGUUCCUGGGUUCUUUUCCUUUCCUUGCAUACUAUGUGAUGAUCCACCCUGGGUUCUGGAUGCUCACUGAACUGACCACCACUAGUAGCCAAAUCCGGAGUCUGCAGAUUUCCAUCUUCUCCCCUAGACUCCCUGUCCUGGUCCAUGCUACCCCUGGGAAUCAGAGAGCUUGGGCCCUGAGACCUACUGAAAGCUCCACAUAGCCUGCAAGGCUUCCAAGAGGAUCAUGUGUUCUCUUACUUCCUGCCACCGCCAACCAAAUAAUUUCCAAAUGUGGUGGAAGUACUCACUGUUCUGGAAGCUCUUAGCCAAGAAGGCAGUCCUGGCCAUUACAGCAAAUCCUGCCAGGGUCUCAUGGUGGCAAGUCUGCUGUCACCUAUGACAUGCCUGGAGACUUGGGCUGCAGGGCCGCCUGCAAGGACCCAGUUGGCCAGCUGGACUCUUGGUGGACACUUGCUAGUUGUACAGCUCUUAGCCUUGACAAGGGGACUCUAAGAACUGCACAAUGUCCUUUCAGAGAACAACAGCACCAGUAGGAACCUCAGCUUUCCAUGGUCAACUAAACACCACUGGCUGACAUAGCUCAGCAGGACAGCCUUAGGCCUGCCUGGUUCUAGCUCCCUGCAUCAGACCCCCACUGAUGGAGGAUGGGCAUUCCUGGUGUCUGUGUGUGUCCAUGUAUCCACGUGCUCAUCUGUCAGCAGACUCAGCCCUUGGAUCCACAGAGGAGGCAGCUUGCUUGGAGCGUGACUUACAGAGACAAACCAGAAAGAAGCCGAGACCUCUGAGCAGCCAGUGGCCCCAAAGUUUCCCAAGACACAGGUCUAAUGUUGGAGGGACGCUCAGAGCAACAGAGUAGGCUAGGAUAAGGAGGUGAUGGAUCUCAGAGCCUUACAGAAGACAGCACUGUGACUGUACUGGGGGUGAGGACAAGGAUGACGGUCCAAGCGGAAGUGGGAGUGUCGUCCGUCCAGGAAUGACCGGUGGGGUCACCUUCUCCACGUCACUACUGAUCUGGCACAGCACACCUGGAAGACAUCUCUGUGGCACUUCUCAGGAGUGACAGACACAGCUGCACCGUCAUUCAGUAUUGACUGUAAGGCCAUUGGAGAAAGUAUAGCGGACACAAGGAAGUGACAGUGAGAUAGACUGGCCCUUGUGAAUCUGACAUGGCUCAUGCGUGGGUACAGGCAAUACUGCAGCCCUGCUCAUGCGUGCCUGGCUGUUGGUCCUGCCAGUACUGAGUUGAGCCUGCUGUGUGCCAGGCUCACACUUCCCCUGACUGCAGCACGUAGCCGAUGACUGCCCGGAGGAACCCCAACAUCUAACCUAAAGUGCAUCUUGCCCACGUGGGAACUCUCACAUUCUCUGACUCCCCUCAACAGAUGUGUGUGUGCAUGCACACGCGCACACACACACACACACACACACACACACACACACACACGCACGCACGCAUGCACACACGCAUCUCUCUAGACCUCAAGGUCUGGAGAGCACCCUUAGUUCUUACCAAGUUUACACGUCUCAAGCAAGCCUCUUGUAUCACACUAGGAGAGCUGAUGUCUUGAGGAGGCCCAAGGCAUGCUGCUCUGCUCCAGGAUUCAGUUAGCAGAAUCCUUGGGGUACCUGGAUGUAUUCUGGGAGCAUAUCAAAAGUAACUAUAUUAAUCUUUUAUGCCAGGUUAGUUUUUGUUUGUUUUGAGACAGGGUCUCACAGUGUAGUCCAGGCUAUCUUUGAACAUGUAAUCCUCCUGGCUCAACUCUCUGGCUCCCAAGCUGACAUUUUUAUAGCUGUUAUUAGGCAAAACACUAAACAGUCAGUUUUUCCUUUAUGCUUUUAAGAAGAAGACAGCAUGGGUACCAGCUGAGGCCUGGGGGGUUCACACUGUCUAUGACUGUGGGCAGGUCCCUUUGCCUCCCUGUAAACCGCUGUGGGCCAGAUCUGUGGUUCUCUAGCUGACGUUCCACAGAACACUCUUGGGGGCUGCUGUUGUCAGGGGAAGGCCAGCCAAAUGGACAGAGGCCCCACUGACCGAUGAUGGUCGCACACUCACAACAUCUAAAAGAAUACAGAAAUGUCUAAACAGCUCCUCUCCUCCAGGGCAGGGUUAUCCACAAAUCACUGUUCUGAGGUGUUGUGCUCACCCUGGAACCAGAGAAGAAGCCACAAGGGAACCUGGCCCCUUGUCAGAUCUGCAUCUAUCUCUCUCUUCUGACUGAGGCCUCAUCUGCAUCACAUGCUUGGGGUGAUGUUUUCCAGCAGCGUGUCUGGCUCUCACCAGGCAUCCCACAGUUCUCUGUGCCAACCCAAAUGUACCAGAGCAAAAGAAAAGUCAAAAGUCAGCAUUAGCUGAACCCAUCAAAGACACUGAAUAUCUUUAUCAUCUGCACACAUAUACCCAGUUAAAGCUCUCACUAAAUAAGACUUGGAAAAUUGGAAGGGAUGGCUUGAUGUGGGGCUCAAUUGAAUGCUUCCAUUUCGUUUUUGUUUUUGUUUUUUUUUCUCCUGGAUAACAUCCUGGGAGAUGGGUCUAAGUGGUCCAGGUCUGGCUUUGCAUCUCUUUUGAUAUGAUUGGAUGGGUGGAGCAACAAGCAUGUUGCUAGGUAGUGUUUUCAUCCCCAUUGGUUGACAGGAGCCUAGUGAUCUGCAGCUGCUGUGGCUGUAGCCAAAGGGGACCCUUGACUUUGAGCCACCUUCAGGCUGUCAUAGAUGUGGCUCCCAGAGGGAGGUACAGUGUUGAUUGAAGGUCUUUCUAGCCACUCAGGGUUGAGCCCAGCAGGAGAAAGAUGAGUUAGUUCUUCAAUGAAAGGGACUCAAGGAGGAUCCUGACUUGGGGCUGUGCCAAGACCAAGGGCUACUUCCAGAGCUUCUAGGGCUGCACCAUGGCAGUCCCAUCAAAAGAUGAGCAGUGUGUGCCUGAAGGGCAAAUGUGCCUCUGGAUGCAAAUGCGCUUCAGAGGGUAGAGUGUCGCUGAUUUCAUUUGUUUCUCAAAGGAAGACUCUCCAAACAGGGUAAGGAGCUCUAAUAUCAAUCAACGCUCUCUUGGAAGAUGGAGAGACCAAGGUUUAGGGAGGGAAAACCACCUGCCUAAGGCCACACAGCUGGCUCAUCUUAUUAUAGUCAAGUAUCUUGACUCCUAGCAGAGUCUUUUCUAGUCCAUUCUGCCUCUGCCCUGGGCUCAUGGGAAGCAGGGCCUGGCCUCGGAGAAUGUUCUUUAGAGGAAAAGAAAGCAGCAGUUUGCCACACCGUCCUGAAUUGAGGGGAAGAGAGACUGUGGAGUGUCCUGGGCAGAUUGUACAACAUGAGACAUGGGAAUGGACUUGCCGGACCUGCUCUCCCUCACAUAUCCCAUGGAGAUCCUGCAGGAGGCCACCCAGUCCUUCCCAGCAUGGGCAACUGGCCUUCUAGGAACUCACUGCAACCGCUUCUAACCUGGAGGUGAACUGGGAAGGCCACACAGAAAGGAAUGCUCCAGCAUUCAGUCUGUGGACGGUUCACCAUCUCCCAAACCUGGCGGCUCAUUCCAGAUUCACCUGCCUGCAAAGAUCCUUUCCUGCCACCAGAUUUCCUUCACUCAGGUACCACACCACACCCUUUCCCUUGGUGCACUGUAGGCCCCACUGUGGACACUCUACACAUCUCCCAGUCCUCAUAGACACAUGUGACAAGGGGAUACUUUCUGGGUGGUCACUGGUACCCAGCCUGGGGGUUUGUAAUGAUUUGUGUGGCGAAUAUGUCAGAUGCCGUGAGUCCCAGCAAAUCUCCCCACCCCAGAAGAAAGAGGAAGAGGGGUUACUAUCAAUGAGGGGCAGUUCCUUUCUUUGGGAGGUGAUCCCAGGACACACUAUGGAAGAGCAGAGACGGAGGAAGGGGAGGAAGGGCCCAGGGAGAGCUGGCCUGGCCCAAAGAUUGAAAUAAAGCAGUAACAUUAGACCUGCCUACUGCUUGGCUGGCCACAUUGAAGGGCCUCUGUGAAGAGAACAUAUCCUUCUUGCAGGUAAAUGAGUCCCCGAGACUCAGCAUCCCCAAACCUGGGCAGCUUCGCAGAUUCUAAAGUGGGACCUUAAUGGUCUCAGGGUCCUGCUUUUGUCUUUGCAAGUGUGGACAGGAAGGACCAAGGAGGGGGUGUGACUUAGGAGACACACCCCCAGGUGGGGCACAGCCAGGCUCAGCCCAGCCUCUGGACUCCAGCUCUAGCGCGUCCAGCCCUGGGCGGCCUGUUCUCUGCCCAGUGCCUGUCUUUACGCAGCUUUGACGUCUGGCCAAGGGGUGCCUCCCGGAAUACAAUGUCGGUUAAAAAUAAAACAAGAGGCGCCGGCCCUCCCCUGCAGCAGCCUGCUGCCGAGGACACAUGGGGGACUCAGUGCCACCACUUUGGGACCUGCUGUAAGGAGGACACAGCCAAGGAGGCAUAGGCACCAUGUGACACAAGGCGGGACAGUGUGGGCCCUGAGCUAAAAAUAGCCUCCGUUGUAUUUGCAGUGACCUGCCAAAUGUAGACCCCUGUGGAGCCCGAGGUGCCACCUGCACUUUCUGGGGGAGCUUUUGGGACCCUGCACACUUCUGAAUUAAACAUUAAAUGGCA